CGUACUCAAUGGAUGUCUUCAUUGAAUAACAACUGAUUUAUUGUUUAUGUUUUGAAUUGAUUUGCGAUUGAAUUGAAAGUUGCGUUCAUUUGAAGGAUUGGAUUAUCGGCUGAAAUGGCGGUCAAUAUGUUUGGUCUCAUCGUUUCGGGAAGACUUGUUGUGACGGACUUCGUGUCAGUCGAUGUGAACAAGUGUUUGAUUACAAUCCAAAACGCCGAUGACAUCAAUCACGUGGUCGUCUUCAUGACCGGCACUCAACCCUUUCCCGAAGGGAUGGCCGGAUCUGUGUACUUCAGUUUCCCGGACCCGUCAUCGCCGCCGACGUGGAUCUACUUGGGCUUCAUCUCCAACGACAAGCCGUCGGCCAUAUUUAAGAUCACAAAAUUAAAACAAUUGAAUGAUUUAAACGGUUUGUUUGUCUUUGCAUUGGAAGCGAUGCGCGAAAUAAUAAGUGCUCUUUUAAUUGAUCCUACAAUAGGGUCGACAGCGGGCCCACCGGUCGCCACCGGCUUUGGUUUCGCGCAACCGAUUGUGUCACACGUGGCACAGAUCGGCAUUUCGACGGAACCGUUGGCCGUUAUCUCGCAGAUGACGGCCGACCCGAACGCUAACGUUUCCCAACAAAACAAUUUCGAAGAGUUCGCGAUUAAAGCGGCAGAAAAUCUGUUCAAUUAUUGCACUUCUUUUUCAAAUAAUUUGCAACAG